AUGGCCGAGAAAAAUCAAUGGACAUGUUGCGCUUGGAGAGCGAUCCUUGUCUCCGCUUUUGCUUUAGGCGUUCUUGUUUGCAUCGCGAUCUCCGUUGUUUUGCUGUUAACACAGAAACCGGUAAACUUGGGCGAAGUCGGUGAUGCGGCCGCGUGGGACACAGGGAAUGUGUCGAUUCGACGGAAACCUGCUCAUUAUCGACCCUUCACAUUCGAGGAUUUGCUCUCAAAUAAGCAACACGUUCGAUCAAUGUAUUCAGUGAAGUGGUUGGCAGAUGAUAGUUUGAUCAUCGCAGCCGAGCCAACGAUUCCAUUAGAAGAGGAUGGUGCCUCGUUGAAUAUAAUUCGAUCGAACAAUUUCUCGGAGGAGUUGUGGGUGCCCGACUCUGAGUUUAUCGCUGGUUUUACAGGUGAUUUAUCAGGUGAACGCGUGAAAUUCUCUCCAUCAGGCAAAUAUGUAGCGUUGAGCAAGUUGCUUUCUCACGGUUUUCGUCAUUCUGAAGAUUCUCUCUACCAAAUCGCUAAAAUCAGUGAUGGAAAAUUAUCGAAAUAUACAUUUGUUGGUCCAAAAGGAACAGGUCUCGAAGCAAUCUCGAGUUUUCGAUGGAAUCCGAAUCCAGAAAAACACGAUUUUAUUUUUGUCUCCGAUUUUAACGUCUACUACCAGAGUGACCCUGGAGCACCAGGAUCGGCGAUCGCUUUGUCUGAGAAUGGAAAAUCUUUCUAUCGAUAUGGUCUUGCCGAUUGGCUGUAUGAGGAAGAGAUCUCUCCAAGUGCGACAUUUUGGUCGGAUCGGGGUGAGAUGAUUGCUUACAUUCGUUAUGAUGAUCAAUUCGUUCACAAAGUUUACGUUCCCAAAUAUUUCAACACUCGACAAUACACAGAUUAUUUGGAAGUGCCGUAUCCAAAAGCUGGUGUACAGAAUCAACCUGAAGUCACCUUAUUUUUAUGGAAUGUUAAAGAAAACAAAAAAGUCGUUAUUUCACCGCCCGAUGAGCUGAUGGCGAGGAAUUUAUCUUAUUACAUUUUCUCAAACAAUUUCAUUACGGUGGCAAUGAAUGGGACAAGAGAAGAGAAAUUGUUGACUGUUUGGUCGGAUAGAGAGCAAAUGAAUAUUUAUAUGACACUUUGCGAUGUCGAGGAUUGUGUUUUGACUUACUCUCAAAACUACGAGAUUCACGAUCGACAACUUUGGAGUGAACCUGAAGAUUUCCAAAAAAUCAUCGCCUCCCCAAGUGGCUUCUUUGUAGUUUUGCCCCAUCAAUACACUGAUGGCAAUAUCUAUCAACAUAUCGCACACAUUCGCGUACAGGACGAUGGCUCAGGACGAAUGACGACUUUUCACGGUGGGACAUAUGAUGUGAUCAAGCUACACGGAUAUGAUCAAGAAAAGGACACUUUAUUUUACGAGUCAUCUGGUGGUGGGAUCGCUUUCAAGCGAUUGUUCCGAGUUCGAAGUGCUAGCACGAGAUUGGCUCAGAUUCAAUGCAUUAGCUGCUCGGUUCCAAAUUGUGAUUCAGCCACGAUAUCGGUCUCUCCACGGGGUAAACGUGUGGCUUUGACGUGUAAUCGAGCUUUUGACAAUGGGCGGCUUUACCUCAUGAAUACAGCCAAUAAUAACGAGUUUCAUCAGCUCAGAGGCUUCGAGGCACCUCGUUUAGCUUUUGAUGAGCCGAUUAUCACUUUCGAGAAAGUUAUGUUGGCCUCAAAGAUUGAAGCUCACGUGGGAAUCAUGCGACCGCCAAAGUUCGAUCCAACUGAAACGUAUCCCGUUUUGUUGGAUGUUUACGGUGGUCCAAAUUCCUACAUUAACAGCUUGGAGACACCGUGGGAUUUCUUGGUAUAUCUUUGCUCAACAAGACAGAUGAUUGUUGUCUACAUCGAUGGCCGAGGUUCAAAACAUCGUGGCUGGGAUGUGAAGGGACCGAUUCGGAAUUCGUUUGGAGGACCUGAAGUCGAUGAUCAAAUUGAUGGGAUGAGAAAAAUCAUUGACAAGUACCCGUGGAUGAACAAAAAAGCGGUGGCUGUUUUGGGAUGGUCUUACGGUGGUUUCCUCUCAACGCAUAUUGGGGUGAAAGACAAUGGGAACGUUUUUCGGUGUUCUCUCGCCGUCGCUCCGGUCUCCGAUUUUCUGCUAUAUGAUUCCGCUUACACCGAGCGUUAUAUGGGUCUACCGACGGAAAAUCCCCAAGGAUACAAUAGCUCUCGCCUCACCGACAAGAUCACCAAGAUGAGAAAUGUGCACUAUCUAUUGGCGCAUGGAAGUGCAGAUGACAACGUCCACUAUCACAAUGCGGCUUUAUUGGCGGGUGCUCUUCAGGAGAACAAUAUUCCAUUCACUCAACUCGUCUACACAAAUCAGGAUCAUUCAAUGGUGAAUGUCCGUCCACAUCUCUACAAAGAAAUCACAAAUUUCCUCGAUUCAAAAUGUUUUUCCGAUCAAUUUUUA